GCGGAGCCGCCGGACACCGCCACAUAAAAGCCGCGGUCGUGCCGUGCUGCGCUUCCUCGGCUCGGCUCGGCUCGGUCCGGGGCGGAGCCACUCCGACGGCCACAUGACAGCCGAGAGCCGGCUGCCGCCGGGCCCGCCGCCGCCCCCGCCGCUGAAGGCGGACGCUGUGCAGCCGGGAGAGGAGGCGGCGGCGGCGGUGGCGGCGGGGGCGCGGGGCGGGCGGCGCCGCCGCAAGCGUCCGGCGGAGCGGGGCAAGCCGCCCUACAGCUACAUCGCCCUCAUCGCCAUGGCCAUCGGGCAGGCGCCCGAGCGGCGACUGACGCUCGGCGGCAUCUACCGCUUCAUCACCGAGCGCUUCCCCUUCUACCGCGACAGCCCGCGCAAGUGGCAGAACAGCAUCCGCCACAACCUCACCCUCAAUGACUGCUUUGUCAAGGUGCCCCGGGAGCCCGGCCGCCCCGGCAAGGGCAACUACUGGACGCUGGACCCUCACGCCCGCGACAUGUUCGAGAGCGGGUCCUUCCUCCGCCGCAGAAAGCGUUUCAAGCGCAGCGACCUCUCCACCUACCCGGCCUUCCUCGCCGAGCGCCCCGCCGCUCCGUGCCGCCUCCUCCCGCUGCCCGCCCCGCCGCCCCCCGCCGACCUGCCCCCGGCACCCGCCGCCGCCUCCUGCGCCUUCGCCGCCGCCUUCCCCGCGCAGGGCUGCGCUUCCGCCGCCUUGCCCCACGCCUACGCCCCGCUGCCCGCCGCUCCCGGGCCCUACGCGCCCGCGGGCCCCGGGCCGCUGUACGCGCCGUCGGGGCGCAUCGUGCUGCCCGCCUCUCCGCCCGGCCCGGCCCCGCUCUACGGCCGCCGCUCCCCCGCACCAUACCCGGCGCUGCCCCCCGCCUACGGCGCCGCAGGGCAGCUGGGUGCCGCCGAGCCCGCACCGCGGCACGGCACCUACCCUGGAGGCCCCGACAGGUUCGUCCCGGCGCUCUGACCUGUCCCAGAGAGGCCCGACAGAGCGGACCGGAGCCCGGGAGACGGCGGAGUGCGGGGGUGGCCCGGCACGGCUGCUCCCGGCGCUGCCCGGGAAGAUGCUGAAGAACCUUGGGCUGCACCUACGCAUUCUGCCAUGUGCCCAGGCUUCCUGGCGAGGAAUGUCGCAGUCAGCCCUGGGGACCUGGGGUGUCCUGUCCAGCCCUGUCCGCUCUGGGCAGAAAAGUCCUAGGGACUGACAAGUGCUUGGAUUGGGCAAGCAAUAUCUUCUUCUUCUACAGCCUUUCCUGGAGCAGGUGCUCAAAGCUUCCUGCCAGGCUCCCACCCUCCCGGCACACCCAACCGGGCCCCUUCUGGUCUACCCAGGAAAAUUUCACGUUUAAAAGUCUCUCUGCUGUUGAUGAUUUUUUUAAAAGAGAAUUAAAUGUCUGUUGGUGAGGUGAAGGAGGGAGGCAGGAGGAAUCAUUUCCUGGCCUCGUGCAGGCAAAGCUGUAAAAGCAGAAUGCGUGGCACUGAUGGCUAUUGCUUUAGCCCCAGGCUUUGCACCAGCGGUGUGGCCAAGGCUGGAGAAGGUUUGGAUGCCAGGGCUGCAGAAAAACAUAUCAAGUCACAUCCUUCGAGGUGUUGUGCUCUGUGCUGCAGGGGUGGGAACAGUGGUGGGAUUGGAACUACAAAAAUUUUACCAUGAGCAUGCCCAGCCCCUGGAAGAGGGACACAGGGAGGCUGUGGGACCUCUGCCCUUGGAGGCCUUUCCAGCUUGAUGGGAUGGAGCCCGAUCUGCCUCUGAAGUUGAAGCCAGCAUUGAAUCUGGACUUGUUUUGAGUGGAGACCUGGUCCUGUCCUGCGGUCUGCAGAGGUACUUACAGCCUAAAUUACUUUGAUCUCAAGAUCAGCCCAGCUCUGUCUGUAGCCUAGAGAAAUUGGCAUAUAUAGGAGAAAACUUUUGUUUCUGGAAUACAAGAGGUGGGAUACAGUGCCUUUUCAUCUUCAGUUGCUCCACUUUCAAGCUUUCCGGGGAUGGAAAAGAGUCUGGAGAAAGAUAUGGAGAGGGUACAACUAAUAGGAAUGUCUGUGAGACAAAAGCUUGGAACUAGUUCUGUGGGGAAACUCAAGCAUACCCCUCCCAACAGAUCCCACCACCCUGGAAAGGGGUCUGGAGCAGUAGUGUGUACCCAGGGCUCUGCUUGGGGCUGUGGGUAUAGAGGGAGCUGACACAGCCCUGCUCCCUGGUCUUUUUUUAGAGCUUCUUUUUCCCAUGGAGUGGGGAACUUGUGAAUCCAGGGUCAGGAGGAGGCUGGUGAGAAUAUCCUGCAGUGUAGUGGGGCCUUGUAUGGGGAGAGGAAACGAGAAAGUGCAGCCAGAACCUCAGCAGGAGCUUUGGAAGAACAGACAGGGUGUACAUACACCAGAGUCUCCCUUACCAGAGAAGGGUAUAGAACUACAUAGUAUAACUCAGGUUGGAAAAGAUCUUGGGAAAUUUCUGUUCCAAUCUGGUGCCCAUAUCAGGGUCAGCUGUGGCUCAGACAGUAGGCUCAGUCCUUUGUUGUUGAGUCUCCAUCACCUCCAAGGAUGGAGACAGCACAGUCUCUUUGGGCAACCUGGCUCUCCUUGUGGGGGAGAAGUUUCUCCUUGUACCCUCCAUUUAGCACUUCUCUAGUCUCAUUUCAUAUUUACUGUCUCUUAUCCUACUGCGGUGCUUUGCUGCAAAGAGGUUUUGAUCCCAUGAAGACACCUGUAUCUUCUGCUCUGCCUGUUUCAUGUGAGGUCCUCAGCAGGAUGAAAUCUGUGUAGAGGCAGCUUUCUUGCUUUCCGUGGGUGCUGUGGUCCACAUAUCCAGGUGGGACAUGAGAGGGGAAAUGGAGGGGAGCAGGAAGGUGAUUGGGUGUCCUCCCAGCACAGCUGGAUGUGGAGAAGAGUAAAGCCCUCUGCAGUAGGUGGGCGGGAGAAGCUGUAUGUCUGCCUUCCACGGGGCUGUGAGGUAGGGGAUGAGUUUUGGAUUCAAUGGUUCAGAGUGCCAGGGCUGGCACAUGGUGAAGCAACGUCUGGGCUGGGAGGCUGAGAGUGACCUGAGAGCACUGCCCGGUGUCCGUGUAGACCUGUCUGUGGCACUGCAGGAAGCUGUUGUCUGUACAGAGAGCUGGGGAGGCUGCUCCAUGUACGGAGACAGUGGGGGCAAGCACAGACAGCAAGUGUAAGCACCGCUCAACUCUUUGGUGUGCUGAGCUCAGUCAGAUUUUUCCCUUCCUGUCCUUUCUGAAGUGGUACGUUGUAUCUUCCUUGUUCUUCCUGGUCCUGGCACAUCCAGAAGCUGCUACCAUCCUGGAGAGAGCUGUCCCAGCCAGGGGCAGGUCUCCCCAGCAGCUGUGCUAACACCUCUCCCAGCUCUCCCUUCACCAUCUGGAAGAGGAUCUGUACACCUAGCUGUGCCAGCUCCUAGUAUUUUUGAUAGCUGCUGGCUCUGCUUUAAUUGCCUGCAAAGACUGGACUUUGUUGCUUUGACAGCAAGCCAUGCCAACCUCUUGCUCAUUUUAGGGUAGCUGGAAGAAGAGCUGUCCUGCCUUUUAAUGCCUUUUUUUCCUUCCUGUAGAAGCAGUUAUCAGUGUGAACCAGAUAAUUUUCACAGAACUGUAGCAGUGCUGGGUUGGAAGGGACUCAUCAGGAUCAUCAAGCCCAGCCCCUGUACCUGUGCAGGACACCCCAAGAACCACACCAUGUGCCUGAGAAUAUUGUCCAGAUGCUCCUUGAUCUCUGUCAGGCUUGGUGCUUGCUCUCUGGAGAGCCUGUUCCAGUGCUCAGCCACCAUCUGGGGUGAUAUCCAACCUAAACCUCCCUCCGUGCCUCCAUGACUCUUGUCAUUGGUCACAAGAAUGAAGAGCUUAGAUGUCUUCUGGCCCUUGUUCCUCUCAUUUUGUUCUCUGCUUCAAACCUCAUGCCAGUUUAGAGUUCAGUCUAAAAAAAGGCCUGUGAUGAUGAUACAGGUUUUGAGGAAGAUGUUUCUGAACUCAGAUAGCAUCUGUAGGCAGUUCAGGGAGCAAAACUCAUUGUCUGAAGGACAAGCCUGACAGAUCUUGGUGACUUAGAAAGCACAGACUGGGUAGGUUCAGUGGUGUGUUGUUUCCAGAGAAGGUCUAGGUGCUUGUUCUUGUUUCUCUCCAGAUCUUUUAUACCUACAAACUAGGGAAACCGGUCAUGUCUAGACGGUAAUUUUUUUUUUGCAGCAGGUACAGCGAUGAACUUGCUGCAUUAAGAACCUGAGACAUGGUCAAAAACUGCUUAAACUUUGGUCACAAGCAGCUAGAAACCCUGGUCAGAACUGUGAAGAGCUACUGGGACCAUUCAGGGGAUUCUAUAUCUGUGUGGGGUCUGUGCUUUGAGCUUUUUUAGGCAAAACCAGCCUUUGCUAGUGCUGGCAGUGCUCCAACCUCCCGCCUGGAGACUCCAGCAAUCCCUUCCCACCAGCACUGCUGUGGUUUUGUGGCUAUUCCAACCUCCCUGAGCUGUCAUGUAGGCUCAGGUGCCAAGGGUGUGGGUCUGUCCAGGCUGUGCCUUGUGGCACUGAGAUGUGCUGCCCCUGUGCCCAUGUGUGACGUGGGACUGCCUGGCCACUGACAGAGGAAGAUACACUUGUCAUGUCCUUGGGGAGCCAUGGGGUUGGGUCUCUCUGUGAGGAUAUGGGGAUAUGCCAAGGGGAUAUGUUAGACAACUGGAUCUCAGUGUAUGCUUGUGCCAUGGGGAUAUGUUAAACAUGUGGAUCUCAAUGUGUUUUUGUCUGGCACGUUGCUUGCAAUUCUCAGGCACCACCAAGAAUAAGAAAAAAAUUACUUCUGUAAAAAUUUUGAUUUAUUGCAAAUAUCUAAGAGCCUUCCUUUUAGCAAUGUUAGUCCAAGUUUCAAACUAAUCUUUUGAUUUCUGUCAGAAGAGUCCAAUAAGUCUGGAUUGUAAACCUGUAGGAAACUUUUAAAUGUGAGCACUGAUAGAAGAGAGAGGGGCCUUGAAAAUGUUCAUUCCUCAAAGGACAGAGCCUCUCAGUUCCUCUUCUGCCCAAGUUCUGGUGUAGUCAGGCUCUGA